AUGCUUACUACGGAGCCGGGAGGAGGAGCCCGGAGUCGGCUCGCCGAGUGCGGCUGCGCGAGCCCCGCCGACGGCGCCCCCGGCCGGCCCGGACCCCGCGUCCCCGCCCCGCGCCAGCCGCCUGCCGCCCCGCGGGUCUUUCCCCGGAGCGCCGGGCGGCCGAGUAACCCCACCUCGCCGCAACCCGGGACGCCCACCGCCCUCCCGGGCUCCGGGCUCUCUUCCGAGGCCCGCCUGCGCCCGAGUCGUCGUAGCCGCCGCGGCGGCCGGGCUGCUGGCGACACUAGGGACAUGAGUUAA